UUCUUACUUUUUACUUUUCAUGUAUUUAUAUUAUUUUCUGUGUUCCUUUUAUUUUCAGCAGUAAAGGGGAAAAAGCCAAAAGAAAAGAAAAGAAAAGAAAGUAUCUUUACCUUGUGAAGGGCAUAUUUUAUAUUGCAACUUUCAAAGGAAAAAGAUUUUAUUUUUAUUUUUUCUUUGCAUGUCUAACUCAGAAAUCAAUAUCACAACCAAACCCAGUUCAACUUUGACUUUAAUUGCUCUUAUCAUUAUUCUAAUAAACUGUUCUAGUAGGUGGAAUUUUUUCUUUUUCUUUUUUUACUUCUGUUUUCUUCAAAAAUUUCUAGCUUUGUUUUUUGUUUUAAUCUUAAACAAAAUUUUCUUUUGUGAUACCUUUGUCUAAAAUCCCUUUUCCAGCUUUGAAUAGGACUGCAUUUUUCCAACAUUGCAUAUCUAUGCUCCUAAAUUUAGGUCUCAUCUAUGCCUUAAAAGUUUCUUUUUUUUUUUUAAUCCACCUGCUCAUCAAAACCACAUGUUUUGAAAUCUCUUUACAGUUCAUUCAUGCAUUAAUAAAUAACUUUGGAUUAAGUCAUAUUCUUUUCCAUUAUCCUGAUAUUCACUCAAUCACUCCUCAAAUCUUGUUGUUUUAGUCAAAUUAUUAAUGCUCAUUCGUUGGUAAGGGACCUGAAGGGUAACCUCGGGUUCUUCCCUUUUUCUUCUUGGGUUAUGGUCAAGGUGGUAUUUUAUGCCGGCUACUUGAAUUUGUGGGCUCCUGACUUUACCUUUCAGCAUAUGCAAUAUGCUUGAACAGGAUAAACUUCUCCAUGGUUUUGCUCUCCUUUUAUGUAUCUCUCUUGGGUCAUUGCUAUCUGGGAUUGCAGUUUCAGAAAUUCCAUUGGGGUCAAAACUUUCUGUAGGAGAAAGUACUUCCUGGGUUUCUUCUAAUGGUGAUUUUGCAAUUGGAUUUUAUAACUUCCCUGAUCAGCCAAAACAGUUUAGUGUUGGCAUUCGUUUCAAUUCGAAGUCUGUUCCUGUCGAUAAACAGACAGUGGUUUGGGUUGCCGGAGGUGAUGUUACUGUGGGUAACAAUUCAUAUUUCCAGCUUCAAGAGAAUGGGGAAUUGGUUCUUUUUGAUGCCUUGCAGGGUGAAGAAGUGUGGACCAGCAAAACAAGCCAAUUAUCUGUGGCAUUAGCGGUUCUUCGCGACGAUGGCAAUCUCGUCUUACUGAAUGAGAAUAGAGAUGUAAUUUGGCAAAGCUUCGAUAGUCCAACAGAUACACUUCUUCCUGGCCAGAGACUUUCUACUUUUAGAACAUUGAGAGCUGCCAGUCAAAACUAUGUUUCGAGUUUAUAUAGCCUCUACAUGAAUGUGUCUGGUCAGUUACAACUAAAGUGGGAGAGCAGCAUCAUCUAUUGGAGUGCCGGAAGGCCUUCUCAUUCAAAUCUCAGUGCUGUUCUCACUUCAGAUGGAAGCCUGCAACUUGUGGCCCCCAAUUUGGAAAGGUUUUGGUCUGUGUUUGGAGAAGAUCAUAAUGACGCUGUGAGAUUCAGGUUCCUCCGGCUGGAUGUGGAUGGUAAUUUGCGGUUAUAUUCAUGGAUGGAGGUUUCACAAACGUGGAGAUCAGUUUGGCAAGCUGUUGAGAAUCAGUGUAAUGUCUUUGCAACUUGUGAUCAACAAGGCAUCUGCGCAUUUAAUGCUUCUGGUUCCCAUGUUUGCACUUGCCCAUUUCACCAUGCAGUGCAAUCAAAUUCAAAAUGUUUGGUUUCAUCUCAGCAUGACUGCAAACCAGGAUCCAUUAUGGUUGAGCAUGCCAAAAUGUUCCUUUACGGAAUUUACCCAGUUCACGAUUUUAUCUCCCGAACUAGUCUAGACAAAUGCAAAAGCAUGUGCCUAAGUGACCCAAGUUGCACUGCAGUAACCUUCACAAAUGAUGGAAGUGCAAAAUGCAGGAUGAUGAAAACUCAGUAUGUCAGUGGUUAUUCGGAUCCAUCACUUAGUGCAACCUCUUUUGUUAAGAGGUGUUCGGACCCCUUAGCUGCUGAUCCCAUCUUCCCAUUGAAGUCUCCACCGCAAGCACACAAGGAGCCUUAUAAUAUUUGCAUUCCUUGUCUAGUUGGAGCAGCCUCGGGCACAAUUUUUAUUUUUAUUGUGAUUCAGUUGGGAAUGGGAUUUUACCUUUACAAAAGAAAAAACAACUACAGGAGAUUGGCUUCUUUAGCUCAUUCCCGUCCUGGUUCAAAAUGUUUAAUAAUGUUAUCCUUCACUGAGAUUAAGGAGCUUACUGGGAAUUUCAAUGAUCAAAUUGGGCCGAAAAUGUUCAAAGGUGCCUUACCUGAUAAACAACCAGUCGCAGUCAAAGAGCUGGAAGGAACUAUUGAAGCAAGAAAGUUUCGAGCUGCUGUGUCAAAGGUGGGAAGCAUUUAUCACAAAGGUCUUGCCAAGCUGGAAGGCUAUUGUUGUGAGUUCAAUCACAGGUAUUUGGUCUAUGAAUAUGCUGAGAAUGGCUCUCUGGAGAAAUACAUAGAAAAUCCAACACUUGCUGAGAGACUGACAUGGAGAAAGAGGAUGGAUAUUAGCAUAAACGUUGGUAGAGCCAUAUUUUAUUUGCACACCGAGUGUAGAGAAUUUCUAUGCCAUGGAAAUUUGAAAUGUGAAAAUGUAGUCCUUGAUGAAAAUUUUGAGGCCAAAGUGAAGGAAUUUGGGUUGGGGAUGCUUUAUGGUGAAGCAUCCUCCCGUAGGGCUUCAGCACAGAAAGAUGUGGAAGAUUUUGGCAAGAUGGUUUUGACAUUAGUUAGUGGGUUUAAAGAAGUGAAGGAUGUUCUUGAUUGGGCUUACAAAGAAUGGAUGGAAGGCCAUCCGGAGAACGUAGUAGAUAAAAGACUCAAGAACGAAGUGGAUGCUGAGGAAUUGGAAUGUGCAUUGAGAAUCACAUUUUGGUGCCUUCAAGCAGAUGAACGGGUGAAACCAUCUAUGGGGGAGGUAGUGAAGGUGUUGGAGGGCACACUUCCUGCCGAUCCUCCUCCGCCACCUUUCAGUUGUCUGAUAUCAGCGAGGGAGGUUGAAGACACCUCUGAAUCUGGCUCAGAGGUAUAGAAUUGUAAUCCUUUUCAUUGAUUUUCGCUUUUCAAUUGUGUAGUUGAAUUAGAGCUAACAUUCUCACCUAUAACAAUGAGGUUUUGUUCCAUAGGGCAUUUGCUCUUUUUCCCUACUGAUGUUAGUGGAAAAGCAUCUUUUGUCAAA